AUGGCAGGUGACGACCAGGCCUCCACCAUUUACACAGCUCUAGCCAACCUAGAAGACAGCGUGGACGACGCGGACGCGGCGGCGGCAGCGGGGGCAGCGGCUGGCGCAGCAUCAGGCACGCCGGCGGCCACCGCCGAGGCCGCGGCGGAGCAGCAGGCGGGCGUGCCGCACCGGUGGCGCGUGGUGGGCAUGAUGGCGCUUUCCUUUGUGCUGUGCAACAUGGACAAGGUCAACAUGUCUGUGGCUGUCAUCCCCAUGGCCAAGGAGCUGGGGUGGACCGCCAUGGAGCGCGGCCUCGUCUCCUCCUCCUUCUUCUGGGGCUACUCCCUCACCCAGAUCCCCGCGGGCUGGGUGUCCACCAGCAUCGGCGGCGCGCGCGUGCUGUUUGCCGGCGUGGCGCUGUGGUCCCUGGGCACGCUCAUCGCGCCGCCCGCGGCCAAGCUGGGCCUGGUGGCCCUCUGCGCCACCCGUCUGUUUGUGGGCCUGGGCGAGGGGCUGGCCCCCAGCUCGGCAACCAAUGUUAUGGCCCGCAUCGUGCCGGAGAGGGAGCGCGCCCGCGCCGUGACCACCGUGUUUGGCGGCCUGGAUGUGGGCAGCGCUGUGGGCCUGCUGCUGUGCGGCCCUCUCAUCCACUGGUUUGGCUGGCAGUCUGUGUUCUACCUGUUUGCGGUGCUGGGCCUCGUCUGGUGCCUGGCCUGGCCCCUGUUCAAGCCCGAGCAGCAGGACGAAGGUGGGGGCUGGGCGUGUGCGCAGGCGGCGGCGGCCGCGGCUGCGCGGGAGGCCGACAAGCGCAGGCCGGUGCCUUGGGGUGCCUUCCUGCGCAGCUCCCCCGUGUGGGCCAUCAUCGUGGCGCACUUCUGUUUCAACUGGGGCUACUACACCCUGCUGGCCUGGCUGCCCUCCUACUUCGACAUGGCCCUGGGGCUGAAUGUGGAGAAGAGCUCGCUGCUGACCCUCAUCCCCUACGUCUCCAUGACCCUGAUGACGCCCCUGGUGGGCCCCAUCGCCGACGGCCUCGCCAGCAAGCACGGCUGGGCGGUGACGGACGUGCGCAAGCUGUGCCAGGGCAUCUCGUUUGCGGGGCCCGCGCUGUGCAUGCUGGCGCUGGCCCUGCUGACCCCCGCCACCCCCGGCGCCGGCCCCAUCGGCCUCAUCGUCGGCGUCAUGAGCCUGGCCUUUGCGCUGGGGGCCUGGUCCCGCGCGGGACUGUACUGCAACCAUCAGGACCUAUCGCCCAAGUAUGCCGGCGCGCUGCUGGGGCUGAGCAACACGGCGGGCGCGCUGCCGGGCGUGCUGGGCGUCACCUUUGCUGGCUACCUGUUAGACCAGACCGGCUCCUGGGCGCACGCGCUCUUCUACCCCACAGCCGCAUGCCAGCUGCUGGGCCUGGUGGUCUACACCACCUUUGCCAGCAGCCAGCGGCAGGCCUGGGACUGA